CCCUCUACGCAUGCGCGAGAGCGAAGCGACAAAUUUCAAACUGGACGGCGGGUAGUUUGUGGUUGAAUCCUGGACAGAAAAAAAACAACAAAGGUUCAUUGUCGAGGAUCUAACCAAAGUGUGAGAAAAUGAGCAGCACUCUGAAAGGAAUUACUCUGAAAGGAAGCGCGGAGCUAGUAGCCGAGUUCUUCUCAUUCGGCAUCAACAGCAUCCUGUACCAGCGGGGCAUCUAUCCUCCAGAGACCUUCACCAGAGUCACACACUAUGACAUGAGCCUUCAAUUCACCACUGAUUCCAAACUGAAGAAUUACCUGACCAACGUGGUGACUCAGCUCAAAGAGUGGCUGUUUGAGUGCACAGUGCAGAAGCUGGUGCUGGUGAUCACAUGUCUGGAAACCAACGAGGUGCUGGAGAGAUGGCAGUUCGACAUCGAGUGUGACAAAUCGGCCAAGGAGAGCAGCGCUCCCAGAGAGAAGUCCAUUAAGACCAUUCAGGAUGAGAUCCGCUCUGUCAUCAGACAGAUAACAGCCACCGUUACCUUCCUGCCGCUGCUCGAGACGCCAUGUUCAUUUGACCUCCUCAUCUACACGGACAAAGACCUGGAGGUUCCCGAAAAGUGGGAGAUUUCUGGGCCGCAGAUCAUCGACCAAUCAGAGGAGGUGCGUUUGCGCUCCUUCACCACCUCCAUCCACAAGGUGAACAGCAUGGUGGCGUACAAGAGGACCGACUCGGUUUAACCCCCCCCCAUCCCUCCACCCUGUGAGCUGUACAUAGCACCAACCACUGCCCCUUAGAGAAAACUGUAGAUUUUACACUGCCCCGUCCUACCUCGCUGUCUGCGUCUCUGUCCAAUCUUCUGUCCACUGAGGACCCAGCGUUCUCCUGCCUUCGUUUCCUGAACUUCACUUGUCUUUUUGAGAAGGAGGUGGCGGCAAACCGCUCCGUCUACACUGCAGUGAUUUGUCUCUCAGGAACAGCUGUCUCUUUUCUUUAAAACUGUCCCCCUUUCUCUCAAGUUGUCAACCUCUGUUUUAGAAGCUAGUGGUUUACAUGUUAAACUUUUUAUAAAUAAAUGUCUUUCACAAAGG